ACAUUAAAAAAUAAUAACAAUAGAUAGAAGUUUAAAAUUUGAAACGGAUUUAUCUAGUUUUAGUCAAAAUGAUACACGAUGCUUUAUUAGUUUUGUGGGAUUGUUCACAGGGUGGUGAAAUUUCAUCGACAGAGCCGGUUUUAUACGCUAAUGAAGGAGAUGCAGAAAUUUAUAGCAGAAUAUGUUCGAUUGCCAAAAGUCAUCAUAGAAUUCAAAAUUUUAUUGCAGCUACAUCUUUUCAUUCAAGAAAAUUGCAAACGGCAUCAAAUAUUAGAAACUUUGGCUUAUAUGGUCAAGCAUUAAGUGAAGGUAUUACUGAAGUAUUACAAUCAUAUAAAAAAGCUAUAGUGAAUGUUGAGAAAUUGGUUAUUGGGAAUAAAGACUAUACUUUAACAUUUGUAUACAGCUAUGUAGAGAAAUUCCAAGGAUUGUUCAAUACAAUAAAUAAGAUAAUUAGCACAAUAAAAGAGAGAAGGCUAAAUGGCUGUCAAAUUUUAAGUUUAACUCAUCAGAAUAUAUUGAAUGGAAAUGAAAUGGUUCAUAGCUCUAUGUUGAGGAUAUUCUCUUGUAUUAACAAUGUAUUUAUAAAUCAACUCUGCGCCUGGCUUCUUUAUGGUGAACUAAAGGAUCCAUAUGAAGAAUUUUUUAUUUACCGAAAUAAGAAAGAUGACCUAUCAGAAACAGUGCUUUCAUCACCUUCCAUUUCAAAUACUUGCGAUAAAACCCUUGUGACCACAUUGCAACAAACUUCACUGGAUUGUGGUUACAACAUAAAUGCUAGCAUGAUACCAUACUUUAUGCCGUUAUCUCUGGCCCAGGAAAUAUUAUUUAUUGGCAAAACUGUUAUUCUCUUUGGUUUUGAUCCCCGGAAGGUAAAGAGAAGCAAUAUAACAUUAAAUAGCACUUUGAUGCCAUUACAUAAACUUGAUUAUGAUUCAAGAAGGUUUACUAUAUGGGAAGAGAAAGAAUCGGAAUUUCAUAAUAAGUUGCAGCAACUCAAAGAACCUGAGGUUUUCGAAGUAUAUAAUUUAAGAUGUGUUGUUAGAGAAAUAAAAGAAUGUGUUACAAAGCACUUAUGGACCGUGGCAGUAGAAGAGGCACAUUUAUUGCACGAGCUACGACUUAUGAAAGACUUCUACCUGUUGGGACGUGGGGAACUAUUUCUUGAACUCCUAAGACUCACCGCACACAUGUUAGAUAAGCCAACUACACGAACUUCUACACGGGAUAUGAACCAUGCAUUCCAGUUGGCUGCUAGAGCAGUGUUUCUAAGCAACAGCGCUGAUAUAGAAAAGUUCAGUUUCGAACUACCCUACGUCAAACCGAUAGCCGAUGCGACUGUAAAUUCUUCUCUCGACGAAGACAGUAGUGUUGUCGCGGACGGCUGGUCCAGUAUAAUGCUGAAGUACGACUUCAAGUGGCCGCUGCACCUGCUGUUCGCCCCGGAGGUGCUCGCAAGAUACAACGACAUGUUUCGACUGCUGCUAAGGAUUAAGAAGACGCAACACGACCUGCACGCCUUGUGGAAAACAUACAAACAAACAAGAAGGUUUGCAGUGUGCCAGCUACAUAAUAAACUUAUGUUCCUUAUGGACAAUCUGCAACAUUAUUUACAAGCAGAUGUGUUGGAGAGUAAUUUCUCUAGACUCAUGGAUGCCGUUAACAAAACUAAUGAUUUUGAAAAACUCAAAGAAGCUCACGCUACGUUCCUCGCUGAUAUAUUGAGUCAGUCGUUUUUAACAUCUACCACAUCGGAACGUUCAGAAGGUGAUUCACCAGGUGAUGGUAUAGAGAUGAUCACAAACCCAGUGUUUGUCAACAUCAUGGACCUAUUAAAGUUGUGCGACUCCUUCUGCAGUAUGAGUGAAUUUGCGUCAGACAGAGAAGCUGAGGAUUACUAUAUAAAAGGUUAUUCCGAUAGAUUCAACAAGUUGGUAAAGCAGCUGACGCAGCUGCUGGUGUGCGUGCGCGGGCGAGCGUGCGGCGCGUACCUCGCGCGGCUGCUCAUGCGCCUCGACUACAACCGCUGGUUGAGCGCGGAGGCCGAGCUGACGCGCUCCCUCACACACAUGCUGCGAUGCUGACUGAUGUAUCGCGAUCUCUCUUACUCCACACACAAAUGCGAUGCUGACAGAUGUAUUGCUAUCUCUCUUACUCCACACAUAAAUCCGAUGCUCACAGAUGUAUCGCCAUCUCUCUUAAUCCUCACACAUGCUGCGAUGCUGACGGAUACUGCAAUCCCGCUUACUCUCUCACGCAUGCUGCGAUGGUGACUGAUGUAUCGCCAGCUCUCUUACUCCACACAGAAAUGCGAUGUUGAAUGAUGUAUCGCCAUCCUUCUUACUCCCUCACACACAUACUGCGAUACUGACUUAUACUGCCGUCCCUCUUACUCCUCACACAUGUUGUGAUGCUGACGUAUAUCGCCAUCCUUCUUACUCCUCUUAAACCGGAGCAUAGAACAUAGUUUUUUUAGUUGGCCCCAUGCAGCUUCAUCCAUGUAUUAUAAGGUCUCCUAUUGUCUAUAUUUGUAAUUGCAAAUGUCAAAUUUAUUUGAGUUCUAAUAAAAUCAAAAGUUUAUAACAA